AUGCUUCUUUCAAGUUAUAUAUCAUCAUUGUACAAUCCAUUAGACUAUAUUGGCUCCUUUGACUAUCUAACUAUUAGUAUUGGAGAUUUACGAUAUAACAAGCGAAACGGUGUAAAUUACACUUCGGAUCUGUAUGUUUCGGGAAAUAUCUAUCAAAAUGGAACAAUGAUUGAUUUGAGUAUGCUGUCUGGUAUUACACCAGGAAUUGCUUCUGCUGGUAAGUUGAUUGCUGUUAAUUCAAAUAGAGACAUCACCAACAUUAAUAGUCUCUCAGCAUCGCAAUUAACUGGAACCAUACAGACAGCUUCACAACCAAAUAUCACAUCUCUGGGAACACUAUCAUCAACACUGAAUAUUAGUGGAUCUACCCCUAUAGCUUGUAAUAACUCCCUAUCGAGCAGCACAUGCUCAUUAUCUGUUGAUUCUGUAUCUGGAGAUCAGACAUUUGGCAGUACAACAGCGAAUAAGUUUCAUUUGAGAACAAAUGGAAAUAGAAAAAUAACGAUAGGAUCCACAGGUUUAGUAGGUAUUAAUAAUACUGCUCCUGCUAAGCAAUUAGAUAUCAUUGGAUUAACCUCUUUGACAAAUGCGCUAUAUCAAAUUAGUGAUGGAACAGUUCUAUAUCAGCAGUGGUUUGAUGGGACUCAAUGUUGUCUUCAAACAUUUAGCAAUCAUCCGCUAACUUUUGCCACGAAUAAUGCUUCAGUGCAAAUGUCAAUUUUAACGAAUGGAAAUGUAGCUGUUAAUAACACAUUGACAGCUACUAAUAUAACCGCUUCAACAUUAUAUGGAACACUUCAAACAGCUGCUCAGCCUAAUAUUACAUCGAUUGGAACUUUAGCGAUUCUUACGGCUACAUCAAUAACUGGAACGCUUCAAACAGCUGUUCAGCCUAAUAUUACCUCAAUCUAUAAAUGGUACUUCAACAUGUGCUCUUCUUUCAAACAAGUAAUACAGGAAGAAUGA